AUGCGCCUUCCCUAUGGUCAAGUUGGGAUCCGGAAACACUUGAGGGUUCAAGAGCGCACACACGACGAAGACGAAGAAGAAAGGAUGAAGGUCAACUUUGGCGUAGAAGCCUAUAUUUCAAAGAGCAAAUUUCCUACAACUUUUAGCGAAUUGAGGCCACACGAUAUAACGGCGGGUGCCCAAGACACGAUUCAUCCCAAUGAGAGGGUUAACUUGGAAGCAGACCAGAAUGGUAAACUCGCGCUUCGAGCCAUUCUUUCCAGGUAUGAACAGAACGCGCUGCCCAUGAUCCGUAAACAAUUGAACAAUCGCCUUGCUGAAUCGAGUGAAAACCUCCAGAAUUUAUUCUACAACCAUAGGCUUAAGUUAGCAGGAGACAAUCUUUUCCGACAUCCAUUGCUGGCCGAUUGGGUCCAGUACGUGGAUAAAUUUAACGCUGGCUUGCUUUAUGAACUGCAUAAGUUUUAUACUAUCGACGAUCUGGUGGUCGCUGUGACCAGGGCCCCAGAAGACAAAGUCGCGUUGCGAGUGGAAUCCGAAAUUGACAAACUCUGGCUUGAUGAAAAUAAAACGCCUGAUGCUAUUUUUACUCAGUUUAGGCUUCACAAGGCCGAAGACACCCUCUUCGACAACCAACUAUUCCCCUUUUGGGAGAGAUACUAUACCUACUACAAUUCUAUGGUACCUGAGACAUUUAAAGCAUCGAUGUACUUAAUAGUGGGGAAACAUUUAAGGUCGUUUAGGGAGAAGCUGUUGGACAAGAAAAAAACUGAUGUCACCUCGCUUUUCGAAGAAGAAAUAAAAAAAUUACAGCUGGAGGUCUGGACUUUGGACGGCACAUUGGACGAUAUUGUGCGUCACGAAGUGGAGUCAGGACCGAAGUCUGAUACGGUGUAUGGAAGUGCGCUAAAAAAUGCUGCAGAUGAAUAUCUUCCAAAGAAUCCGUAG